GCAGGGGAGGAAGGGGGAGGAGAGGGAGGGGCCUCGGCGAGCCCAGAAAAACGACAACGCGAGAAAAAUUAGUAUUUUUGCACUUCACAAAUUAAUGACCAUGAGUUCGUUUUUGAUAAACUCCAACUACAUCGAGCCCAAAUUCCCUCCUUGCGAGGAAUAUUCGCAGCACGGCGGCGGCGGCAGCUACCACCCGCAUCACCCCCCGCACCCCCACCAGCACCCCCACCACCAGCACCACCAACCGCAGCAGCAGCAGCAACCGCAGCAGCACCUGCGCCAGCAGCACCCGGGCCAGCCGCUGCCCGACUACUACCCGCGGCCGAGCAGAGAGCCCGGCUACCAGCCGCCGCCUCCCGCGCCUCCGCCGCCCCCUCCCGAGGCGCUCUACCCCGGGCAGCCAGCCCACUACCCCGAGUCGCCUUACAGCAGCUACGCCAGCCUCGGCGGCCCCGCCGGCCCGGAGCAGCCGCCGCCGGGGACCUCCCCGCCACCCAACCCUCCUCUUCCUCCUCCUCCGGCGCCCGCUCCCCCCGCCUUGAAAGGCCACCAUGUGCAGGCGCAGCAGCCCCUGCUCCAAGGACACGUCCCCCCGCCCCCCCACCCGCCCCCCCAGCGCCACUGCGGAGCGGCGGCGGGCGGCGGGGGAGACCCCGCUUGCCCCCUCUUGCCGGACAAGGGCCCCAAAGGGAAGGAGCCGGUGGUGUACCCCUGGAUGAAGAAGAUCCACGUGAGCACGGUCAACCCCAACUACAACGGAGGGGAGCCCAAAAGAUCCCGGACCGCCUACACGAGACAGCAAGUCCUGGAGCUGGAAAAGGAGUUCCACUUCAACCGCUACCUGACCCGCCGGCGACGCAUCGAGAUCGCGCACACCCUCUGCCUCUCUGAGCGGCAGGUCAAGAUCUGGUUCCAGAACCGGAGGAUGAAAUGGAAGAAGGACCACAAGCUGCCCAACACCAAGAUGCGCUCCUCCAACCCCUCCGCACUCAACCCGCAAGCCAAAGCGCCGGCCCAGCAGCAGCAGCAACCCCGGGGGAAGCUGACCCCCAGCUCAACGGCGCUAUGA